CGUCUAAGUACUCCAUAUACCACCUCCCUCGUAAUACCCGUUUUACUUUUUUCCUUCUUUACUUGCUUGUGAUGUCCUUGAUCGUACCUCCGCCUAAUCGUAGUCGUGCAUCUUCAACAAACGUACGUCCUGCAUUAACUAUAAACACGCUUGGAAGGCGUCGCUCUUCUUCACUUGUUCUACCUAUACAACAAUCUGAACCAUCUACUCCGUCAACUCCAUCUCUGGUUCAGUCACAUCUUGAACCCUCUCAAAUAUUUGCCUCGCCUGAACCAUCCCAGAAACCUUCCAUGUUUGCUGUCAUUGCUUCCGGCUGUUUAGAUCUUCUCCACGUGCCAAAUCGUCACUCUAUAAACUGGUCAAUUCCUUCCUCGCCGCAGUCUACCGUGCAGGACGAAUUCGUCUUACCAAUAUCUGCAUCCUCGCAGCAAACAACGUUUAGUGACGUUUUUAACGAGAAGGAUGCACCCCGGACGCAUGCUAGGUGGUGGCGCGCUCCGUCGGUUCACGCUCCUAUACUCCUGGUGAUGCUGCUUUUCCCGCUCACGACGGCAGUCGUCCUAUUGUCGCUUUAUUCCUUACCCAUUUCCGUCGCCUUUCCUCGGACGCUACCCGAGCUUGCUGCACUAGGUCGAGAACUCCAUGCGUAUUCACAAAGUGGUCCGCUCCAUUUAGCUCACGUCAUAGGCGUGUUGUCCGUAACUGCGGUUUGGAAACAUGCUUGGUCGAUCCCUGGCAGCGUCAUUUGGAAUGUGUUAGCGGGGGCCUUGUUUCAUCCCGUUCUGGCUACCUUGCUGCUAUCUGCAUUGACUACACUGGGUUCAAUUUUUGCGACUCUUUUAUGUGUUCCGUUAGCGCCUUCUCUGUCCCGCCUGUUCCCACGUGCACUGAAUAUGACGCGGAUUGCUCUGGAGGGAGAAUCAAAUUUGUCCACCGGUGUAAAGUCAAAGUCCCCGACCUGGGCACGCUUGUCUGUCCUCCGCCUCGUUGGCGUAGUGCCUUGGUCGGGAAUUAACAUUGCUUGCGGUGUCUGCGGUGUUGCGAUCUCCGAUUGUCUCCUCGGUGCCUUCAUUGGGUGCCUCCCUUGGACGGCGGUCACCUGUCAGAUCGGUGAUAUCCUUCAAACCGUUGCAUCCACGACCUCCCCAUCCCAACAAACAGUUUCGUCACUGCUAACAUCACCGGACAUUCUCAUCAAACUUGCCUUUUUGUCGUUCCUAUCCCUAGCACCUAUCCUCGGACGCGAGCGGUUGCGUUCUUUGAUCUCGGCAUCUCCCUCGCCACAAUCUAAUAGAUCAAGCCUCACUCAAGACGAACGUGUCUCAAGAUGGACAUGGGUGCAAGAAUGGAAGAUGCGACUAUCUUCGCAAUCACGUACGCAACGUGAGGACCACCAGCUCCUGGAAGCUCUCAUUCAAGAGAAGUCUAGCCUUCCUUGAGGAUUCUGCUGCGCUUCAUAUCACAUUGAUUAUGACUUCAUCUACUCACGACGGCAGCCGGGAGCCGGCAGUCUGCAUCCAUCUUGCCUGCAACGACAAUCAUAAUCCCACGACGAGACGCGUUAUCGUCUAGCUUGGACUACUUACCAACUCUAUUGAGCAUCACCUUGAUACCCUGAUU